UUGAAUGUGGAGGUCAUGUGGUCACUAUGGAAUCGUCAGAAGAAGAUCAAUCGGUGUCUGGUACAAUGAAUUCGUUUCAGGCAAAAGGCAUUCCCUUUCCUGAAGACAAAGGUGUAUACUGGUUAGGCAUACACGUCAAGGCAGAUAAACGAGUCCUCCGAGUUCAUGACAACGCGACGGUGACGUACACAAACUUCGGGACAAACCAGCCGGAUAGUGACGGCGCUGAAGAGUGCAUCGUAGUCUCGAAUUACUUUACCGGGAAGUGGUCGGAUGUUCCGUGCAGCGCACAAUAUUUCACAGUGUGCGAAGUGGAAUCUUAACUCGCCUCUUUUUGUGUUGACAUUUGUUUGUCAGAUCAUGACGUACUUUGAAGAUUUGAAAGUGAAAUAAGAACUGAUAUAAACAUAUCCGAAACUAUUACUUAAUGUCGUGGAUCUUUAUUUAUUUUGUUAACACUAUACCACGACAUUGUCACCCUAUUGUAUUUUACUC